UGAUUUGGUGUGAUGUGCUCUGAGCCCUGCUUCUGGGUCCUGCGAGGUGUUCUGAGGCAAGCUCCGAAGUUGCGACAUGGAUGCGGUGACCUAUGAUGAUGUACAUGUGAAUUUCACUUGGGAAGAAUGGGCUUUGCUGGCUCCUUCACAGAAGAGUCUCUACAAAGAUGUGAUGCUGGAGACCUACAGCAACCUCACUGCUAUAGGCUGCAAUUGGGAAGAGCAUAAUAUUGAAGAAUAUUGUCAAAGUUCUAGAAGACAUGGAAGAUAAUAUUCAUGUGCAAGUUAAAUUCAUUCUGGAGAGAAACUCUAUGAAGGUAUUCAAUAUGGUGAAACCUUUGUAUCUCACAGUAGUCUCCAAAAACAUAAAAGAACAUAUACUAUAGAGAAACUCUAUAAAUGCAAUCUAUGUGAUAAAGCUUUUACACAUCAUGGUAAACUUCAAAAGCAUGAAAGAAUUCAUACUAGAAAGAAACCUUACCAAUGUAAUCAAUGUGGUAUAGCCUUUGCAUAUCUUAGUAUUAUCCAAAUGCAUAAAAGAACACAUACUGGAGAGAAAGCUUACAAAUGUAAUCAAUGUGGUAAAGCCUUUGCAUAUCUUAAUAGUUUCCAAAUACAUAAAAGAACACAUACUAGAGAGAAACCUUACAAAUGUAAUCAAUGUGGUAAAGCCUUUGCAUAUCUUAGUAGUUUCCGAAUGCAUAAAAGAACACAUACUGGAGAGAAACCUUACAAAUGUAAUCAAUGUGGUAAAGCCUUUUCACAUUAUAGUACUCUCCACAAACAUAAAAUAAUACACACUGGAGAGAAACCCUAUGUAUGUAAUCAAUGUGGUAAAGCCUUUGCACGACUAAGUUAUCUCCAUGGACAUAAAAUAACACACACUGGAGAGAAACCCUAUGAAUGUAAUCAAUGUGGUAAAGCCUUUGCCCAACAAAGUCAUCUCCAAGUGCAUAAAAGAACACAUACUGGAGAGAAACCUUACAAAUGCAAUCAAUGUGGUAAAGCCUAUAAAUGUCGUAGUAGUCUCAAAAACCAUAAAAUAAUAUCAGAUACUGCAGAGAAGCCCUAUGAAUGUAACCAAUGUGAUAAAGUUUUUGCGUAUCACUGUAUUCUCCAAAAACAUAAAAGAGCACAUACUAGAGAGAAGCUUUACAAAUUUAAUCAAUGUGGUAAAGCCUAUAAAUGCCGUAGUAGUCUCAAAAAUCAUAAAAUAAUAACAAAUACUGGAGAGAAACCCUAUGAAUGUAACCAAUGUGGUAAAGCUUUUCCACAUCUUCAUAGACUUAAAAGACAUGAAAAAAUCCAUACUGGAGAGAAGCCUUAUAAAUGUAAUGAAUGUGGUAAAGCCUUUGCCUAUCGCAGUUCUCUCCCAAAACAUAAAAGAACACAUACUGGAGAGAAACCCUAUAAAUGUAAUCAAUGUGGUAAAGCCUAUUCCCAACACAGUAAUCUUAAAACACAUAAAAGAAUACAUACUGGAAAGAAACCCUAUGAAUGUUAUCACUGUGGUAAAGCCUUUAGACUACAAAGUCAUCUGCAAGUGCAUAAAAGAACACAUACUGGAGAGAAACCUUACAAAUGUAAUCAAUGUGGUAAAGCCUUUGCACAACAAAGUUAUCUACAAGGGCAUAAAAGAAUACAUACUGGAGAGAAACCCUAUGAAUGUAAUCAAUGUGGUAAAGUUUUUGCAUACCCUGGUUAUCUACAAGUACAUGAAAGGAAACAUACUGGAGAGAAACCUUACAAAUGUAAUCAGUGUGGUAAAGCCUUUCCAUGCAUUCGUGAAUGUAAAAGACAUGAAAGAAUUCAUACUGGAGAGAAGCCUUACAAAUGUAAUCAGUGUGGUAAAGCCUUUGGGUAUUACACCAGUCUCCAUAUACACAAAGCAACACACACUGGAGAGAAACCUUAUGAAUGUAAGCAAUGUAAUAAAGCCUUUGCACAUCAUAGUCAACUUCAAAGACAUGGGAGAAUUCACACUGGCGAGAAGCCUUACAAAUGUAAUCAAUGUGGUAAAGCCUUUGCACAACACAAUUCUCUUCAAAUCCAUAAAAUAAUACAUACUGGAGAGAAACCCUAUGAAUGUAAUCAUUGUGGUAAAGCCUUUGCAUAUUCUGGUUAUCUUCAAGUACAUAAAAGAAUACAUACUGGAGAGAAACCCUAUGAAUGUAAUCAAUGUGGUAAAGCCUUUACAUGUCAGAGUGAUCUUAAAAAACAUGAAAGAAUUCAUACUGGAGAGAAGCCUUACAAAUGUUAAUAAAUGUGGUAAAGCCUUUGUGUGUAACACCAGUCUCCGAAAACAUAAAGCAACUCAU